AUGGUUAAAGUUGAAGAAAGCGAAUUAAGCGACAAGGAACUUGUCGAUUUUUUAUCAGAUGACAGUGAUGAUGGAAAUGAAACUUUGUUAAAUAAAAAAUAUGCAGGAAAAGAAGCUUUGAUUACACUUGAAACAAAGUUUCCUAAAAUUGUUACAAUAUUAGGUAUACCAAAAGUAGAAGAAGAAAAACAUAGUAGGUUAGCAGAGGUUUUAAAGAAAUUAUUUAUAAGGCAUUUAAGUGCCAAAAUAAGUGAUUCAUCAAUAAUGAAUAUAAAAAUCCAUAUGCCAGUAGAUAACGAAAAAAAAACAAAAGGAAUAUGCUUUGUUACAUUUCAUGAUAGUUUUCAAGCAAAUGAAGCAGUAAAGGUAUUAAAUAAAUUAAAAUUGGAUGCAAAACAUUUAUUAACAGCAUCAAAAAUGGAUGAUAUAGAAAAUAUAAUAAAUAGGGAUGAACGUGUAAUGCCUAUAAAUGUUGUUGGAUUUACAAGAGAAAAAAUAAGAUGGUGGUUAUAUGAUGAAAAAUGUAGAGAACAAUUUAUUGUUCGAUAUGACAGCCAUUUUGAAGUUCAUUGGUUAGAUCCUUUAGAAAAAGAACCACAAUUAAUUUAUACUACAUUUAAAAAAAAUGCUCCAUUUUCAAGUGUCCAAUGGAGUAACCAAGGGUCAUACUUAGUCAGUUUUCAUAAUCCAGGUAUAGCAUUAUGGGGUGGAGAUAAUUUUGAAAAAUUAAUAAGACUACAACAUAAAAGUGUUAAAGAUAUAAGUUUCUCACCAAAUGAAAAUUAUGUAUUAACUUGGGAUGGUACUCCUGCUUCAUUAAGAAAUGAAAAAUCUAUUUGUAUAUGGAGAGUAAUAACAGGAAAAUUGCUUCGUUCUUUUAUCACACCUGAAUAUAGUCCAAGAGAAAAAAUAUUCCCUCACUUUUUAUGGAGUCCUGAUGAUAAAUAUAUUGCAUGUAUAGGAAAACAAAAAGAAGUAUAUAUAUAUGAAUUGCCAUCUAUGUUAUUAUUAGAAGAUCGUGAAAAAAAAAGAACUCCAUUAAAAUAUUCAGUCGUUAAAGAAUUUGAUUGGUCACCUGUAGAUAAUAUAGUUUCUAUUUGGAUCCCUGAAACAAAUAAUACACCAGGAACUUUGAUAUUAGUAGAAAUUCCAUCUAGAAAAGAAUUAGUAUCUAGAAAAAUUUAUGAUGUUAGUCAAGCAUCUAUUCAUUGGCAAAGUAAAGGAGAUUACUUAUGUCUUAAAACAACCAUUGUUAAAAAGAUUGGAAAAAAAGGAAAAAAAGAACACACACAAUUAGAAAUAUUUAGAAUGAGAGAAAAAAAUAUACCUGUAGAUAAUAUACAAAUCGAGGGAGUAAAAACAAAACAAUUUCAUUGGGAAGAAUCAAAUAGUAAUAGAUUUGCAUUAAUAGUAAGAGAUGAAGCUACAAGUAGACAACAAAUAAGAUUUUAUAAAAUAUUAAAUAAAGGUACUACGAGAAAUGUAAAAUGGACUAGUACAUUUGAUAUAAACAAUCAAAUGAAUUUUAUGAAAUGGUCACCACAAGGAACCUUUUUUAUAUUAGCUUCCUUACUAUCAGAAGGAAUGCUAUAUUUCUGUUUUUUAAAUUCAAAUGAUGAAGUUGAAGUAAUACAUAAAGAUGAGCAUUUAUUAGUAAAUUCUGUUGCAUGGAGUAAUUGUGGUAGAUACCUUGUUACAUCUGUUUCGAAUUUAUCUGGUAUAUCAAGUUCUAAUUAUAAAGAAGAAAAUAGUGAAACAGGCUUUUAUAUAUGGACUUUUCAAGGUAGAUGUUUAAUGACUGUUAAAAAACCAUCAUUUUAUCAAUUCUUUUUUAGACCUCAUCCAAAAUCACUAUUUAGUGAUAAAUUGAAAAUUGAUAUAAAAAAUAAUCUAAAAGAUUAUUCUAAAAAAUUCGAUGUUAUAGAUGAAAAAAUUAGAAAUUCUAAAAAGAACCAAUUAAUUUCAGAAAGAAAAAAUGUUGAAAAUUCAUUUAAUGAAAAAUUGGAGAAAAUCACAAAAUUAUUUCAAUCCUUUAAAGAAUAUGAAUUGUUCAGAAGAAAUUGGGAAACAUUUGAAAGCCAAUUUGAGUGGGAAGAAAAAACAGUUGUCAUCGAACAUGUCCUUUCUGUUAAGCAGGAAAUCUUCGCAUAG